AUGACGACUUCUUCAUCCAUUUCGAAUGCCCGCUUGAGGGUCUACCAAGAUUGGGUGCGAACUUGGCUUCGUACAUCUACGCCUUCAAGCAAAGGGUUCCUGAAGGAAGCUUCCGUGGAUAUCAGCAUAAUGGCAUACUUGCUACAGGACUCCAAUCUAGGUCUUCUCUCGGAUCUGUCGCUUCUGCACCAGGUUAUUGCUUCUUUUCAACAGAGGUUCAGGGAUGGACAGAUCGUACUAGGUGGAUCCUGGCCACCUUCUUCUGAAGUGACAAAUCUACUUUCUGAGUGUUAUGAUCCCCGAGUCGAGUGUACCUGCGAAGGAGUGCUACCGUCGCCCUCAACAACGAAUGUGACAUCAAUCACAUGCGUCUCAAUAGAGAAAAUGCGGUCCGCACAAGAUGACGUUAUCGAACGGCAUUUGGAGUGGAACGGCCGCGGCCUUUUCACUGUAGAAAAGCUCCAGGCUGCGGUCGAGGAGCUCACAUUCUGCAAUUUUGGUAUCAACGAGACCUUGACAAAUUGCUUGGGGACCAGCUUUACGUCUAUCCCUUGUAUCAGUGCCCCCGACCGUCGACCAAGUGCAAGAUGCGACAGCGAUCCAGAUGUCUUCAAUAACCUCUUCCCCACAUUCGAGAACAUCAAGUUGUGUGCCGAUGCGAAAUACUUCCAUGCAAUGGCUUGUGGCGGCACCCUGGUCGAUCAAGGUCUAUUAUAUGCAAUUGCUGACGCCGGAAACGAUGUGUUGAUUGGCGACUAUUGUGAAGCUGCAACAGAAGAAGGGCUGCACCUGCUACAACAAAUUGGAGCUGCUGCUGUCGCCUUCUUAAAGGCAUGCAACUUAGCGGGCCUCGUCAACGAUUGGCAACUUGAUGUCCUCGUCGCAGCCCAUAUACAGUUUCGCGUACUAGGUUAUUAUCGUAACCAUGCUGUCGCUAAAUUACCAGCCGGAUUAUACGGGAGCCGCAUGACGGGUAUAGCGAUCCACCGACAUAUAGACAUUGCGAAUGCUGUUGGAGUGGUCGCCGCCUCUCUGGCCACAGGAGAGCAGUUGAAUGAAUCUGAAUACAUGCAGCUUUCCUACGGAACGACGCUCAUCAACGACCUGGUUGACUUUCGCAGCGAUGCCAUGCGCAAACAACGGGAAAACCCUGUCCUCCGAGGGGUCCAAGGAUCUAUUUGCGAAUAUCUCCGCCAGCAAGUGUUGGACUGUCUGAUCAACGUUCGGACUCUGAUCGAAUCCAAACGUCUGCUUGCAAUGGUGACCAUGGCUUUCUGCAACUGGUGCGUCAUGGCAUCCCAUCACAAGCUGCAUGAAGUAUACCAUGGCGCUGUGCAGAAUACAACGCUCAAGCAGCCAUGUAAGUACCAUGGGCUGGAAGAGCAAUAUGAGUUGUUGCUUAAUGUCUUGCGCCCAUACGGGUCAAUAGGCUCUGCUGGGCCGCAUUUGGGGAUGAAGCGCAGAGAUUUGGAUCAGCUCUAUAGCCAUUAUAAACAGACUCCUGAAACUCACCGAGCGUGGCUCGCUGACAUGGUUCGAAUUCUGAUGCAGCCUACGACUUUUCGGAGAAUUGUUGACGUUGUGCAUUAUCCCUGGGUGGGAGACAUUGGAGAAGCAGAAUAUUGUCCUUGA